AAAUUUCAUGCAAAUUAAAAAAUAAAUUUCUAUACGACUUUUUACAAUUUAUAACAAAAAAAUGAAUCAAAGUGACUUGCAGCACAAUGAUCUCCUCGACUCACCAAUUCGUGGCCCAACUCUAUCCACAAGUACAUCCAGUUUUGAAGCUUUAGAUCCACAUGACCCAAAUCUUAGUAAAUUAGCUACAAAAAUGUUUAGAAAAACCGAAGAAUACAUAACAAAUGAAUUAAAUGCUCCUCUCGAGGAUUAUAAACUUUUAGAAGACAUGAAUAAAGCAACAAUAUCAAAAUACUCUGAAAUGAGACAUGUUGCUGAGGGUCUUAAUUCAUCAACAAAUGAAUUAAAUGAUAAAUUCCAACAACUUAUUCCAUUAAUGCAACAAAUUCAUGAAAUAUCCGAUACUGUCGAUAAAUUGGAAGCAGCUGCUUAUAAACUAGAUGCUUACAGCGUUGCGCUAGAAAAUCGUGUCAAAUCUGUGCUUCAAAGGAAAACUCAAUAAAAUUAAUAAAACAAAAUCAUUUCUUUAUUAUUUA